AUGUAUCACGGAUUUGGUGGCUCUCCCGAAGUUCCCUAUGGUUUUGGGUACGAAGCCGUGGGCUACAUCUCGAGCAUCAGAGAUUCUGUGACAUCCCUCUCCGUUGGCGACUAUGUUAUUAUCCCAGAUAACGCUGACGAUGGCCACUGGGGUCCUUCUCACCCUCUAUCUUUCGGCGUUGGUAAUCCAAACUACGGCGGCCUGCAAGCUGAAUACGCCAGAGUCCCUUUUGCCGACCAGUCAGUCAUUCCCAUUCCGAUCAACUCCACCAACACCACCGCCGAGCUCGACUAUCUCAUGAUAGCGGAUGUGUUCACAACCGGAUGGCAUGCACUCACAUACUCGGGAUUCCAAGCUGGAGAUACAGUUGCGAUCUUCGGCGCCGGCCCCGUUGGCCUCUUGUCUGCUUACUCUGCCAAGCUGCGCGGUGCUUCCAGAGUGUAUGUUCUUGAUCGCAUCGCUAGCCGACUUGAGCAAGCCCAGUCUAUCGGUGCCAUCCCCAUCGAUUUCUCUCAGGAGGAUCCUGUCGGGGCUAUCCUUAGACAAGAACCUGAUGGCGUCAAUCGCAGCGUUGACUGUGUAGGAUUUGAAUCUGUGAAUGCUACCGGAGGAUCCCACAAUGGGAUUGUGCUAGAAAACAUGAUCGCAGUCCCCACCACCUACGGAGGAAUGGAAAUUGGCGGCGUCUAUAACGGCGGGGCGAACAGCACGGAAGGGACGCCUUACGCAGGAACCUUGCCUGCGGAUAUUCCCGUACCGGUCGCCUCACUGUGGAGGAAGGGCUUGUCCGUCGGAAGCGGUAUCGUUCUGCCCUUGAUUCAGGCACCGCCUUUACUCGACUUGAUCGCGUCUGGGGUCGCCAGGCCUAGCUUCGUUGUCACGGCUGAAAUUGGAAUUGAGGAGGCCCCGGAGUACUACCGUCGGUAUAGUGAUCACUUGGAGAACAAAGUUGUCAUUCGGUUCUCUUAG